AUGCGGGAAAUCCUCAUACUACAUGUGGAGGCUGAAACCAGCGAAUGGGCUAGCACUCAAAUAGCGCUAGAAGCAGCUAUAGUCGCCCUUGACCUGCAAAGUUCGAUUAUACACGAACUGCGUGGAAAAUUCUCGGCACUAGAUAACGAUUCAAGUCACCUGACAGCGUUAUUUAAGGAUAACUUCCCGGCAUGUUCUGCCGUGGGCCAAGUGAUCGCGCUAUUGAAACAACAGAUGUCCGAGACUGUAGCCAAACCAGAAUCAGCGGCCAUUAGCGCCAAACGGAUUAUAAUUUCGGGUAGUUUCCCGAAGUUCAAUUCUCCGGUUCAGGCAACCGAAACUCUCUUGAGAAGCCUUACAGCACCAUACCUACCCAAACCAGUCGGAGCGUCGUGGCUGAUGUCCAAAUCUAAGAAGACAAAG